AUGGAACCUUGUCCUGUUUCAUGGGAGAUUAAAAAAGAAAGAGUUUUUGAUAAAGUUAAAGCAAGAAUUCGUAUUCUUGAAAAAGAGAUGAACAUUAAUAUUGCUAAUGAUGUUAAAAUAAAAAUUUUUGAAAGUUUAAAUAUUAAUAAUAAUUAUGAAAUUUCUCAACCAAAAAAAAAUUCUUAUACAUAUUUUAAUAAAAAUGAGAUAAAGAUUCUUGAAGAUUUUUAUACAAAUAACAAAAAUCCAACCUCAAAAGAUAUUGAAAAUAUAGCAAUUAUAAUUAAAGAUACGAAAGAACGAGUACGUAAAUGGAUUGGCCGUAAACGUCUCUGUGAAAAGAAAAUAUUAAAAAAAUAA